AUGAAAGUUAUAGAGCUAUUCUCAAGCCUUUUUUUGGCAUUUAUUAUAUUACAUCCACAAUGUCAACAGAUUACAGCGGAUUCUACAACGGAAACGGCGAUAGAUACUUCAACUGCUGCAAAAACAGCUGAAUCAACGGCUAAAAUUGUGACUUCUGAUGCAACUACUGCUAAAUUACCAGCUACUACGGCACCUGUGGUCACAACAGAACCGACUGCUCCCAUGCCAGUUACAACAUUACCACUUGUAAUAACUACUGAGCCUGGUACGGGACCUACAGUAAUGACAACAUCCACCACAACUGUGACACGAACAACCAGAACAACAACAGCAAGACCCACGACAACCACAACAACUACUACUACCACUACCGUACUUUACACUACAGCACCACCACCCUCGAAUCCAACCUGGGAUGUUGUUGGAGGUCUAGCAGGUGGUCUAGUAGGCCUUGGACUAAUAGGUACCAUAGCCAGUGUAUAUAUGUGUUACACAAACUCUCAACGAAAUCUUGCUAGAAGUAGCGGGCGUAAGACUGGUGACGACUAUGUUCCCCUACAGGCAGUAUCAAGUUUCUAA